GUGGGCGAGGGGGGCGGGGGACCGGCACCGGGAGCGCUGCCCUCGCCUCCGUGCCGUGCCGUGCCGUGCCGUGCCGUGCCGUGCCGUGCCCCCGCCCGGGUGGUAGGGUGUCGCGGGUUGAGGCGGUGCCCCGGCGGAGGGGCGGCCCGUCCUGAGCCGCGGGCCGACGGGGAGGCGCGGCGGGGUGGCGGCGCUGGCGUCGCGCUGGGGGCGGAGGGUGGCUUCCCGCCGGGAGAAGCUCGCCACAGCGCUGAGGGGAGGAGCGCUUAGCGCCGAGCACCGGGAGGGUGCGGGGUCUGCGCUGCCCCGGGUCAAACCGGCGUGAGGUCGGGGGUCCGGCUUCCUCGCGCGGUCCGUCUGCAGGCUUGCUGCACGAAGCUAUCCCACUCUUUCCCCCACUCGGUCUUCGGCCACUUUCUUUGUCUUGCACAGUGAUGCGUGUGUGCUGGCUUGUGGGGAAAGACAAAUGCAGUCAGCGAAUGAAACUGCCUCACCUGAAAGCAGUGGUAAUUGGGCGUGGCCCAGAGACUGGGAUAACAGAUAGGAAGUGUUCCCGGCAGCAAGUUCAGUUAAAAGCAGACUGUAACAAGGGGUAUGUCACAGUUAAGCAGAUAGGAGUCAACCCAACUAGUGUUGAUCUCAUGAACAUUGGCAAGGAUGAAGAGAUGAAGAUGAAGCCAGGCCAGGUUCUGCAUAUUGUGAAUAAACUUUACCCCUACACGGUGCAAUUUGCUGAAGAGUCAGGGAAAACUGUUUCAGAAGCAGAAGAGAAAACACAGACUGACAGGAUGCCAUAUGAGGACUCCUGUGAUAAUGAUGAUGAAGAGCCUGUGCCCAGAAAAACAAUGAAGAUGGAGGUGUCGGAUACACAAGGCAGUUCUGCAAAUCCCAAGCUAAGCAAUACCAGUGUAUCUCCACGUGAAGGAACUUCAAGCAAAAAGGAACAUUUAGGACACUGGAGUCAGGGCCUAAAGAGCUCCAUGCAGGAUUCAAAAAUGCAGGUUUACAAAGAUGAAAAGACUGUAGUCAUCAAGGAUAAAUAUCCCAAAGCACGUUACCACUGGCUUAUCUUACCGUGGGACCCCAUUUCAAGCCUGAAGUCAGUCACCAGGGACCAUCUUGAGCUCCUGGAACAUAUGCAUGAAGUUGGGCAAAAAAUGAUCGAACAGUGCCCUGCCAGAGAGAGUCUGGAGUUCAGACUGGGUUACCAUGCUAUCCCCAGUAUGAGUCAGCUACAUUUGCAUGUAAUCAGCCAAGAUUUUGAUUCUCCGGCCCUGAAAACCAAAAAGCACUGGAACUCUUUCACUACAGACUUUUUCUUGAACUCUGAAGAUGUGAUAGAGAUGGUAAGAAGCAAGGGAAAAGUGAAGGUGAAAGAUCAUGUCUCCGAACUUCUCAAAUUGCCCCUCAGAUGCCAUCGUUGCAAACAACAGCUGUCCACUAUCCCACAGUUAAAGGAACAUCUCAGGAAACAUUGGCCAAAAUGAUUUUGCAAAAAAUCAUCUUACAACCUGUCUUCAGAUUUCAGGCUAAACCAGAGACCUCAAAAUGUUAGUGGAGAUGUAUGCUUUUUGUUAAAUGGAAUGACAAAUGUAACAUGGGGGAAAAAGUGGCAUGGAAACAACUUCGUACUAACUUUGUAAUAGUUUAGACCAAAAAACCCUAUAAAAUAAAGUGAAUUCUGAAAUAAAA